CAGCCAGAAUCAGGAGGCGAAAAGGGGACCCAGAGCCCAAUCUCUUCCCAGGCUGGUCCUAGAGGUCAUGCUUAUCACCUCUGAGUAGUGGGGACGACGAUGACACGGGCUCCCGAGGACCACCCAAUCCUGACCCAGAGCCUCGCCCAAGAUCUCGCGCCCCAUGGAGGGAAAGGAGCCCCAGCACGGUCCGAGGGCUGGAGAAGUGUACUGGAACGAUGUGGUAAGGAAGCCCCAGAGUCUCGACCCCACAGCCUGCGGGUUUGCCCCCAGCCUCAAAUCAGACGCACCACGUCAGAGGCCACCGCCGGAUCCAGCUUCUCGGUUCUGUCUCCAAAGCCUGAGUCAGCUGACCCGAAGCCCCGCCCCGCCCUACCCCGCCGGGGAACCGGCAGUCCCGGUUCCUGCGCCGCGCACUUGGCGGGCGGUCCCUGGGGGCGGUGCGAAAGAGCCGAGCGUGCAGGGCGGGACGCCGAGCUCCUUCUCCUCCCUCCCUUGCGGCUCCUCCCCAGCCACGGGUGGGCGGGGCCCGAGGCGCCCCAGUGCGCAGGCGCUGGCGUCAUGCUGAGCGCUGCGUCCCGUGCGGUGGUUCGCUCCGCACUCCGAUCUGCGUGUCGCCCGGGACCGCUCGGGGCUCGAGUUGCCGCAGCUGCUAUGUCUCUGCCGCCGCAGACCGCUUCGGGCUCCCCAAUUCUGCCCGCCACUGUGCUGGGCACCAUGGAAAUGGGGCGCCGCAUGGACCUGCCCGCCAGUGCCGCGGCCGUGCGCGCCUUCCUGGAGCGCGGUCACGACGAGCUGGACACGGCCUACAUGUACAGCGACGGCCAUUCCGAGAGCAUCCUGGGCGGCCUGGGGCUCAGGCUGGGCAGCAGCGACGGCAGAGUGAAAAUCGCUACCAAGGCCAAUCCCUGGGAAGGGAAGUCGCUGAAGCCUGACAGUCUCCGGUCCCAGCUGGAGACAUCCCUGAAACGAUUGCAGUGUCCCCGGGUGGACCUCUUCUACCUACAUGCACCGGACCAUGGCACCCCUGUGGAAGAGACACUGCGUGCCUGCCACCAGCUACACCAGGAGGGCAAGUUUGUCGAGCUUGGCCUCUCCAACUACGCCUCCUGGGAGGUGGCCGAGAUAUGUACCCUCUGCAAGAGCAAUGGCUGGGUCCUGCCCACUGUAUACCAGGGCAUGUACAACGCCACCACCAGGCAGGUGGAAGUGGAGCUCUUCCCCUGCCUCAGGCACUUUGGACUGAGGUUCUACGCCUACAACCCUUUGGCUGGGGGCCUGCUGACUGGCAAGUACAGGUAUGAGGACAAGGAUGGGAAGCAACCUGUGGGCCGCUUCUUUGGGAAUAGCUGGGCUGAGACCUACAGGAAACGCUUCUGGAAGGAGCACCAUUUCGAGGCCAUUGCCCUGGUAGAGAGGGCCCUGCAGGCCACUUACGGCCCCCGUGCCCCCAGCAUGACUUCAGCCGCCCUGCGAUGGAUGUACCACCACUCACAGCUCCAGGGUGCUCACGGGGAUGCGGUCAUCCUAGGCAUGUCCAGCCUGGAGCAGCUGGCACAGAACCUGGCAGCAUCAGAGGAAGGACCCCUGGAGCCAGCCAUCGUGCAGGCCUUUGAUCAAGCCUGGCACCUCGUCGCCCAUGAAUGUCCCAAGUACUUCCGCUAGGCCUCGACACGGCUCGGCCUGCCAAAGGUUUCUUUCUUAUCUUUUUUGCCACCUUUCCUCUUCUCUCACCCUGGCUGGUCUUUGCUUUAAGCUCAUUUAGUGUGGUCUUUCUUGGUUGUCUGGAUCUAAGCAGAUUUUUCUAGGUUCCUGCCUGGCUCCCAGUUGACCUCAAAGGCUGGGGCUAAGCCCUACUUUGGCAAUUCUGGUCGGAAUAAAGCAGGCCUUGACCUGGCUGUAGCCCAGGCCCUGAGUGAGCCCCACAAACUUGUCUCCUUGACUGUUGGCAACUUGUUUCCAUCCUGCUGGGGACCUGCUGCCAGAGGGGCAGAACUCUGAGCUGGAGUCUUCAGAGGGCAGAGGUGGUGAGCGGGUCUCAGGGUGCACUGCUCUCGGGAAGGGCUCUCCAGCCUCCUGUCCUGAAUCCAGCCUGACCUCUCAUCACAGGGCUAGAGGUGGCCCUCAUUCUCCUACACACAAUAAAAAGAAGAAGAAAUGAAGA